AUGAUCUCCGAUACCUCGACUGUUCCAGACAUGUCUGCUGCUACGAAAGAGAUCCUCACCAAGGUCCGGCAACUGGUGCCGCCGAUGCUCGACAAGUUCCACAAAGGGCAACUUGGGCGAGUGGCAGUCAUUGGCGGGAGUGAGGAUUACACAGGGGCACCGUACUUCUCGGCAAUGGCAAGCGCAAGACUGGGGUGUGAUAUGUCCCACGUCGUCUGCACCCCCAACGCCGCAGCCGUGAUCAAGACCUACUCGCCAAACCUGAUGGUACACCCUCUAAUGCGGUCCUCGCCGUCCACCCUCGCGGGCUCCAUCACCUCCCCAUCCGCCGACACCGACCCGGCCCGCAUCGCCGAGUCCAUCAUCGCGAUGCUCCCCCGGCUGCACGUGCUCGUCAUCGGCCCCGGCCUGGGCCGCGACCCGCUGAUGCACGACGUGUGCGCGCGCGUCAUCCGCGCCGCCCGCGACCGCGGCACGCCGCUGGUCCUCGACGCAGACGCCCUCGCCCUCGUGCAGCGCGACCCGGGCCUCGUGCGCGGCUACCCCGCCGCCGUGCUGACGCCCAACGUCGUCGAGUUCGGCCGCCUGACCGGCGCGCUGGGGAUCGACGACGAGGUCGCGGGGGCGGGCGAGGGCGCAAAGGUGGAGGCGCUGGCAAGGGCGCUGGGGGGCGUCACGAUCGUGCAGAAGGGCGGGACGGACCUGAUAUCGGACGGCAAGACGACGCUGGCGGUGGACCUGGUCGGCGGGAGGAAGAGGAGCGGCGGGCAGGGGGAUACGCUGACGGGCAGCAUCGCCACGUUCCUGGGCUGGAGGAAGGCUUACCUGGACGGCAUCUGGGAGACGGGCGGGCGGCUGAGCGAGAGGGAGACCGUCGGGUUGGCGGUGUUUGGGGGCAGUGCGAUUACGAGGGAAUGCUCUCGCCUCGCCUUCGCUAAGAAGGGGCGCUCAUUGCAAGCUAGUGAUCUGACGGACGAGGUGCACACGGCCUUCAUGAACCUAUUUGGCGAAGUGGACGAGGAAAGGGGAGACUAA